AUGGCGAAACGGGCGACCACUUUCGAUGUGUUUGUAGGAAACCUACCCACCGAUGCAAAUGAACGCAAUGUCGGCAAAAUAUUUUCAAAGUAUGGAGAAAUUCAAGGAAUCAUUGUCAAAGAACCAAGUAACAACCCACUAAUCAGAUAUGCCUUUGUGAAAUAUCUGUGUGAACCUGAUGCUGACAAAGCUUGUUCAGAGCUAAAUGGACAAGAAGUGCAAGGGAAGAAGGUGUCAGUUCGACGUCAGGAACAAAGAAAAGGUAAACAGAUGGGACAGGGAAAGGAACCCAGUAGUCUUCAACAGCGCCCUCCAGGAAGUCGUAUUGCCAAGACUUCACAACCUGAUAUUGUUCCAGAAGGGGCUGAUUCCGACAACAUAUCCAAUGCUGGGAGUACUGGCAGCAACAUUAAUGAGAAGGAAUCUGUAAUGGUUACAUUUGUGGAGAGUUGUGUAACUGUCUGGGUCCAAGUUGUCAAUGAAGAAAAUACAAGUAAACUGAUGAAGAUUACUGACCAGUUGGCUUCAUUGUGUCCAGCUGCUUCCAAGGUCAACGAUCCACCACAACAGGCCAAGGUGUAUGCUGCUCAAUUUUCAGAAGAUAAUAUGUGGUACAGAUGUGCAGUCAAGCAAUUUGCAGGAACUGAAAAGGUAAGAGUUCAGUAUAUUGAUUACGGGAACAGCGAGGAAAUCUCUGUCAACAGUUUAGUAGAAAUCCCCCAGACUUUAGCUGCCAACAAGCCUUUGGCAACCAAGUUCAUGCUGCACAAUACCAGAGCCAACAAGUUCAAUGAUGUGAAUGGAAUCUCGCUUCUAAGGAGGUUAACUGAAGGAAAGGUGAUAGAAGCUGUACGCACAAGGAAGCUAGGAGAUGGGAAUGGACAUUAUGCUUUGAUUUAUGUGGAUGGCCAGAGCAUCAAUGACAUGAUGAUAGAAGAAGGUUAUGCUACUAAACGACCCCCAACCAAUACUCGAAUGAUGACAGAGUCUUCAGAACAAUUAGGAGGUAACCAGCUAUUUGGAAGUGGAGACCCUCUAGCAGGUACAUCAUCUCUAAGGUAUAACAGAUUUGGUAGUGGUGAUGCUGGACCAUUUGCCUUAGGUGGAGGCUAUGCUGGAUCUGGAGAUGCAGCAGGAGGUAGUGUAGGUGGCUGCUUCCCUCAGAGUAGAAGAAUGGCUCAAAGCAAUGAUGGAAAUGAGGAGCUAUUGAAAAAUGAUCUAAACAAGAAAAAAAGAGAGGUUGAUAAAUUGCGUGGAGAAGUAGCAAAAAGAGAUCUUCAGCUCCAACAAUUGACAGCAAACAAGGUGCAACUGCAGAGUGUAGUUGAUCUAGCUGAUAAAGUGAAAAGACUCCGUGUGCAGUUUCCAACAGGACGCUCCAGUGGCCUUGAAGAGGCCAUGGCACUAGCACUUUCAAGUGAGAAAGUUCAAAAUUCAUCGGUCCACUCCCUCCAGGCUGUCAUGUCCACUAUGUCUACCUAUAAGGCUGCCCAGAAGGAAAUCAUCUGCUCCAGCAAUCACGAGGAAUUAACAAACCUGAUCUUGGAGAGAGACAAUGCUAGACGAGACUUACAUGGCAAAUUACAGGAGUGUAUUGAUGAGCUGGCAAGGAUGCCACUUGAUACCAGAUACAAAGCUCUUAAGGAUACAGAGGAGAAAGUGAUAAAAGACUACAAAAUGUUUGUAGGCUACAAUGUGCAUGGAUGCCCUCUGCUGGAAGAUCUUGCAUUUGGUUUCAAGGAUUGGAAGAGUCGAAAGGAAGAGGAAUUUCGUUUAGUGCGGGAGAACUGUGACACCUGUCAGAAUAACAUGACAGCAUUCUUGCAUCGCUUAUUAGGACUGAUGUCACUGGAUAUACUGACAGAGGAUACCAACUCUGUAGUGGAUUUGGACAGUCUUCUGAGGUCCUACAGUCAGGCUUUACAACAGGAGCUUGUUAUCACUGAUAUGGAACACAGCUCAGAUGCCAACAUGGUUGCCACGAUAAUAGCUGCUAUAUUAAAAGAAUUAAGAGGGGAAAUGAAGACGCUAGAAAAUUUGAAAGGAGUUGCCUCUGACUUCACAAGUUUGAAGUCUUCCAUUGAACCAUGGCUUGAAGCAAGGCCAAACUUAGAAAGCAUCACAGAGAGAAGGAAGGCAAUCCGCAGCCUCAAGUCUAAACUGCGACACAAGGAGGCUGACCGACAAGAUCUAGAGGAGAGUGGUGAUGGCACUGAAGAAGAGAUGGCAGAGAUACAGUUGGAAGUGUCUGAAUUGAAAUCUAAGCUACACAAAGAACUGCUUUCUAUGGAUGACCUAUUGGCCAGCUUAGCUGUCAAUGCAGAUGAGCACUUCCCAGAGUUGAGCCUGCAACACCAAGACAUUGGCAUUGACAUUCAACUGGGAUAUGGCGGCCUUGUAAAACUUGGUCGUGACAUUGAACACUACACUUUGAAGCAGACAUCAAGGACUGGCAUGUAUUCUAGUGUAUUUGUGAACAAACCAGUCUACAUUCAGGAGCUUCACAUCAAUGAUGAUGAUCAUGUAAACAAGGAAGAGUUUGUACAACACAUUAUAGCCUAUGCUGAUGUGGCGAGCAACUGUGAUUUCUUGAUGAAGUUAGAUGGGAUAUUCUUUUCAAAGAAUGAACGUUCAGCAUACAUCCAGAUGGAAUGGAAUGACUUACAACUUCUACAUGAUCUGAUGAAGAAAGAAACAAUGACAGACCAGGCCAAGCAGAGAGUGUAUGAAGGAGUAACCGAAGGCUUGAUGCAUUUACACAGCAAGGGCUUCGUCCAUGGGGAGAUAAAUCCAUCUAACAUAGGUGUCAAACCAGACGGCUCUGCUAUCUUACUGCCUCCAGACUUUUCAAGAUCUUUGUUGGAUCGUGUGAGGAAGAGAUAUGUCACAGAGAAUGGGUUGACAUUCAUGCCAAUAGAAAUGGUUACUUUUGCCCAGCAAGGUUUGACCCCUCAAGUGUCCACUAGCUGUGACCUGUACAACCAUGGUCUCCUCCUGCUGUGGUUGCACAAUCCUCAGGGAUCUGUCGAACUUCAGCAUGAUGGAUCUCCCAAACUCAUGAGCAUGAGGCUGGACCCCACUGUGAUGGAGUUGUUGUACAGUCAACUAUUUCCAGUCUGUGACAAGAGACUUCCGGUUAAACAAAUACUCAAAUCACGAUACCUCACCCAAGUGAUUCUACAAACACCAGAUGUUGCUCCCAGGUCAGAGGCUGUAUGUGAAAACGAAGAACAAAUAUUGAAUGAGAGCAUGGACAAUAUGCCUACUGUAGAGUCAUCAGUACUGGUAGGUGGCUCUGAAGCUGAGUUCAACAGUUCAGGACAACAUCAGCUUGUGGAGGACACCAUGUCCAACAUUGGGGUAUUUGACUUCAACAAUAUGACAGCCAUCAGUAAUUCAGACAUUUCCACUGAACAGGUUUUAGAACUGAUACCUGAGAACACUUCUGGUGUGGACCAGCUGGCUAGGGAUUUAGCAAGCAUAAGUAUGCCAGCUUGUCAGACAGAUUUGUCUGGCCUGGGUGGUAAUACAGGACUCGGCGGUGGUCCUCUGUCUAGUGUAGCAAGUGGAGAGGGUGUCGAGGACAACACCAGUGAUCUGGCAACCACAGAUAGUGGUAGUGAAGUUUGUGUAAUAGACAAUGAGCAAGUUGAAGACAAACAAGCCGAGAGCAAUGAGACCAGUUGUGUGGUGACACAAACUGCAAUAGAGGAUAAGGAGAUCCAAGACCAGAAACCGUCAGUGUCCGAGUCUCCACCCAGUACUGAAAAAAACAGCUCACUCAGUGAUCUAGAAUUGGUGACAUCAUCAUUUGCCAGUCCAAACUCAUUUCUUCGCCAAGAUACAAGCUCAAGGUCACCAUUACAUAGACUACUCAAAAUUGCUGCAUCAAAGGAGAACCUUUGAGUUGACUUUCAGCACCAGAGCAUUAGAUUCAUUUUCUAUUUGAUAACAAACUUCCUGUUGAACGAGAUUAGCAUUUAUAUCAU